CCGCGCGGGGUCCGCCGCCCGCCCGCCCGCGCGCCCGCGCGCCCGCCCGCACCGAACCCCAACCCCGCCGCGGCCGCCCGGCCGCGCCGCGCCGCGCCUGCGCCUCCCGGCCCGGGGAAGAGGACCCCGCGACCUGGGGCGCUCGCCCGCCGGGGACCCCGGGUCUCCGGCCCGCCCGUCCGCCCGCCCUCCUCUUUCUCCGGGCAUCGUCCGCCCCCUCCCGCCCCCCUCCCACCUCAGCGCCUCCCGGGAUCCGCGCCGACCCCCUCUCCGCUCGUCCCCCCCAACUCCGCCCCUCCCCACCUUCAGCUCCCCCGCGGCUCGGACCGGCAGGAUGUACCCCCAGGGAAGGCACCCGACCCCGCUCCAGUCCGGCCAGCCCUUCAAGUUCUCGAUCUUGGAGAUUUGCGACCGCAUCAAAGAAGAAUUCCAGUUUCUUCAGGCUCAGUACCACAGCCUGAAACUGGAAUGCGAGAAGCUGGCCAGUGAGAAGACGGAGAUGCAGCGACACUAUGUCAUGUACUACGAGAUGUCCUACGGACUGAACAUUGAGAUGCACAAACAGGCCGAGAUCGUUAAGCGGCUCAGUGGAAUCUGCGCCCAGAUUAUUCCCUUCCUCACCCAGGAGCACCAACAGCAGGUGCUGCAGGCGGUGGAGCGGGCCAAGCAGGUGACGGUGGGCGAGCUGAACAGCCUCAUUGGGCAGCAGCAGUUCCAGCCCUUAUCCCAUCAUGCCCCACCCGUGCCCCUCACCCCGCGGCCAGCCGGGCUGGUGGGGGGCAGCGCCACCGGGCUGCUUGCUCUGUCGGGAGCCCUGGCCGCCCAGGCCCAGCUAGCAGCAGCAGCAAAAGAGGAUCGCACAGGUGUUGAUGCCGAGGGACCCAGAGUGGAGAGAGCUGUAAGCAGGAGUGCGUCCCCCUCGCCCCCCGAGAGCCUGGUAGAAGAGGAGCGACCCAGUGGCCCGGGAAGCAAUGGAAAGCCGAGGGCCGAGGACAAGGAAUUAUCUGUACCUUACGAAAGCGAUGAGGACAAAAGCGACUACAACCUGGUGGUGGAUGAGGACCAGCCCUCAGAGCCCCCCAGCCCGGCCACCACCCCAUGUGGGAAGGCGCCCAUCUGUGUCCCUGCUCGACGGGACCUCGUGGACAGCCCAGCCUCCCUGGCCUCUAGCCUGGGCUCACCGCUCCCUAGAGGCAAAGAGAUUGGCCUGAACGACCUUCCCACUGGUACUUCUGCUUGCAAGUCCUCUGACUCCUCCCCACCCCAGGACGCCCCCACACCCGGGCCCAGCUCCACCAGCCACCUCUGCCAGCUAGCUGCCAAGCCCGCACCUUCCACAGACAGCAUCGCCCUGAGGAGCCCCCUGACUCUGUCCAGCCCCUUCACCACGUCCUUCAGCCUGGCCUCCCACAGCACCCUCAAUGGGGACCUCUCCAUGCCUAGCUCCUACGUCAGCCUCCACCUGUCCCCCCAAGUCAGCAGCUCCGUGGUCUAUGGACGCUCCCCCAUGAUGGUGUUUGAGUCACACCCCCAUCUCCGGGGGUCAUCCAUCUCCUCCUCCCUGCCCAGCAUCCCCGGUGGAAAGCCGGCCUAUUCCUUCCACGUGUCCGCCGAUGGCCAGAUGCAGCCGGUGCCCUUCCCCUCGGACGCGCUGGUGGGCACGGGCAUCCCACGGCACGCGCGCCAGCUGCACACGCUGGCGCAUGGCGAGGUGGUCUGUGCUGUCACCAUCAGUGGCUCCACGCAGCAUGUGUACACGGGCGGCAAGGGCUGCGUGAAGGUGUGGGACGUGGGCCAGCCCGGCACCAAGACCCCCGUGGCCCAGCUGGACUGCCUGAACCGGGACAACUACAUUCGCUCCUGCAAACUGCUGCCCGACGGCCGCAGCCUAAUCGUGGGCGGGGAGGCCAGCACCCUGUCCAUCUGGGACCUGGCAGCACCCACACCCCGCAUCAAGGCCGAGCUGACCUCCUCGGCCCCGGCCUGCUAUGCCCUGGCCGUCAGCCCCGACGCCAAGGUCUGCUUUUCCUGCUGCAGCGACGGCAACAUUGUAGUGUGGGACCUGCAGAACCAGACCAUGGUCAGGCAGUUCCAGGGCCACACCGAUGGGGCCAGCUGCAUCGACAUUUCUGACUAUGGCACCCGGCUGUGGACAGGAGGCCUGGACAGCACCGUGCGCUGCUGGGACCUGCGCGAGGGCCGCCAGCUCCAACAGCACAACUUCAGUUCCCAGAUCUUCUCCCUUGGCCACUGUCCCAACCAGGACUGGCUGGCCGUGGGCAUGGAGAGCAGCAACGUGGAGGUGCUACACGUGCGCAAGCCCGAGAAGUACCAGCUACACCUGCACGACAGCUGCGUGCUCUCGCUCAAGUUCGCCUCCUGCGGGCGCUGGUUUGUAAGUACUGGCAAGGACAACCUGCUGAACGCCUGGAGGACACCCUACGGAGCCAGCAUCUUUCAGUCCAAGGAGUCGUCCUCUGUGUUGAGCUGCGACAUCUCCAAGAACAACAAAUACAUCGUGACGGGCUCCGGGGACAAGAAAGCCACCGUGUACGAGGUGGUGUACUGAGACCGCCUCCCCCUGCGCCCCGCCUGACUCCCAGGGUGCCCAGGAUGGGGAGCUCGGUGUCAACCCUGUGCCGGCUGGUGACCGGCUGUCCCUGCCGAGGUGGGGUGGGGCGGGGCUCUGGGAAUAAACGUUCUCCUCACACCU